AUGGAUGAUAAAUUAGAUGCACACCAAGAGGAAGGGACAUGGGAAAUUGUGGAUCUUCCUCCUGGAAAAUCAGUUGUUGGAAGCAGAUUGGUUUACAAAGUUAAAACCAAGUCAGAUGGUGAUUUUGAACGAUGUAAAUCACGAAUUAUUGCAAAAGGAUAUACACAAGAGUAUGGUGUUGAUUAUGAAGAAAUAUUUGCACUAGUAGCUAGAAUGGUUACAGUUCGUACAUUACUUGUUGUUGCUGCAGUACGACAAUGGGGGCUUCAUCAAAUGGACGUGAAGAAUGCUUUUCUUCAUGAUGAGUUACAAGAGGAGGUAUACAUGCAGCCUCCUUCUGGUCUACCUCAUGGGCCAAAUCAAGUAUGUAAGCUUAGGCGUGCAUUAUAUGGGCUCAAACAAGCACCUCGUGCUUGGUUUGAGAAGUUUAGCAAUGCAAUUAUUCAGUAUGGUGUUUCACAAAUUUCCUAUGAUUCAGCUAUGUUCGCCAGAUCAUCAGUAAAUGGGAUUGUCAUUUUUCUCUUGUAUGUUGACGACAUUUUUAUUACCGGCAGUGACACACAAGGUAUUAUUCAUCUCAAGUCAUAUCUUAGCAACUGUUUUAAGAUGAAAUAUCUUGGAACUCUAAGAUAUUUUCUUGGCACUGAAGUUGGCACGUCUUCCACUGGUUACUUCAUAUCAAAAGUAAAAUAUGCAUCCAAGAUUAUACAACGUGCGGGAUUGUCUGACAAUAAGGUAAUUGACAUACCUCUUGAACUAAAUGUGAAAUAUAGUCCCACUGAUGGAACUUUGUUGCCCAAUCCAACAUUGUAUCGUCAAUUAGAAGGGAGUCUUAAUUAUCUCACCAUUACAAGACCAUACAUAAGUCAUGAUGUUCACAUAGUCAGUCAGUUUAUGUCUGUUCCAAGGUCUACUCAUUAUGCAGCUGUUCUCAGAAUUUUAAGAUACAUCAAGGGGUCUCUGUAUCAAGGCAUGUGUUUCUCAUCCAAGUCUGAUCUUACUCUUCGAGCAUAUUCUGAUUUUGAUUCGGCUGGGGAUGUUACGAACAGAAGAUCCAUUACAGGAUAUUGUGUGUUUUUAGGGGAUUCUUUGAUUUCUUGGAGAAGUAAGAAGCAAAGUGUGGUUUCUCGUUCUAGUGCUGAAGCAGAGUAUAGAUCUCUUGCUCACACCACAUCUGAACUCAUUUGGUUACGGUGA